CCAGGAAGUAGCUCUCAGUUUAGUGUCCAAAAUUCACCUAAAUAUGCUCAGUUUCUGUUUCUGCUGUUGCGCAGGCUUCAUCGCAGCCGACAUUAAGGGCACGGGCGCCUUCACGCAGCUCUUCCUGAUCACGGACUACCACGAGAACGGCUCUCUGUACGACUACCUGCGGCUGACCACGCUGGACACGCCCACGCUGCUGCGGCUGGCGUUCUCGGUGGCGUGCGGCCUCUGCCACCUGCACACGGAGAUCUACGGCACGCAGGGCAAGCCGGCCAUCGCCCACCGCGACCUCAAGAGCAAGAACAUCCUGAUCAAGAAGAACGGCGCCUGCUGCAUCGCCGACCUCGGCCUCGCCGUCAAGUUCAACAGCGACACCAACGAGGUGGACGUGCCGCUGAGCACGCGAGUCGGGACGCGGCGCUACAUGGCCCCCGAGGUUCUGGACGAGAGCCUCAACAAGAACCACUUCCAGGCGUACAUCAUGGCCGACAUCUACAGCUACGGACUCGUCAUCUGGGAGAUGGCCAGACGCUGUGUCACCGGAGGGAUGGUGGAGGACUACCAGCUGCCCUACUACGAGAUGGUUCCCUCUGACCCUUCGUAUGAAGACAUGUUGGAGGUCGUGUGUGUCAAAGGGCUUCGGCCCACCGUGUCCAACCGCUGGAACAGCGACGAGUGCCUUCGGGCCAUGCUGAAGCUGAUGUCCGAGUGCUGGGCUCAUAACCCGGCCUCUCGCCUCACCAUCCUCCGAGUGAAGAAGACGCUCGCCAAGAUGGUGGAGUCGCAGGACAUCAAGAUCUGACCGCCGCUCUUCACCGGCGCCAGAAACACCACGACGAGAUUCUAAUAACUUUAAAAAUUUAAUAUUAACAAAGGACCCGUUUUCAGGGCGGAAAACCGUACAGACCACGGCUUCAAACAUUCAUCCAAGGUUCUACAAUUGCAUCCUUGUUUCCUUCACUUGCUUCCUUUCCUCUUAGCGUCUUAGUCCGUCCCGCCAAGGAAGCACGGGAGAGACACAGCGAGGGAAUCCUGCGAGGAGAGAGGAAAGGAGAGAGAGGAAAGGAGAGAGAGGAAAGGAGAGAGAGGAAAGGAGAGAGAGGAAAGGAUUGGGAGGAAAUGUGUGUUGUUUUUAUUUUAAAGGUUAUUUUUUUGGGGCUUUUUUCCCUUUUUUAUUUCAGAGGUGAUGGACAGGGAAGG